AUGCCUUGCAUAUCGCUUCUGUUUUGUCACUAUGACAUAUUUUAUUCGCUGGUAAACGAAACAUCUCUUGCUAAAUAUUUUCAACCAGAAAACGAAAAAGAUAAAGAAAAUAUUACGGAAUUCGAUACAGGAUAUAAAGUAGAAAAAGCAAUUAAUUGGUAUACAAGAGAAACAGGUAUUUAUAAAAUUUUAAAUAAAUCUUUAAGAACACAAAAUUUUUAUGAUAUUUUCCCAUUGGGACCCUACAUAAAGGACUUAAGUUAUCAAUUAACUGACGAACAUAGAUUAUUUAUUGCACAACAAAAAACAUCAAAUCUUACAUUUUAUCGAGCACAACUCAUUAGUAAAGUUGAAUUGAAUCGUCUUAAAACAAGUCUUGGAGAAUUGUUAUCAGUGAAUGCGUUUUUAUCAACAAAUACAGAGAGAGAGAGAGAGAAAGCUUUAGAAUUUGCAAUAAGUCGUUCACCACCAAAUGAUCAAUUAACAUCGGCUUUAUUAGAAAUUAGUGUUGAUUUAAAUUCUACUACUAAACCAUUUGCUGGUAUAGAACAGUUUGGUGCUUUUGCCGAAGAAGAAGAGCACAAGUUAAUAAUAAAAAAAGGUGAUUAUGAUUUAACUCUUAAAAAUAUUAAAAGAACAUUAGAAUAUACAUUGGAUAAUCUAUCGUUAGCAACACCAUCGACAAAUAACCAAGCACUUCUAUCAUUAUGUUAUAAUGAAUUGGGAUCUAUUUAUGUCAAUCAAAAAGAUUAUAAUCCUGCUUUGCAAGCUUUUUCCAAAGUUGCAUCGAUAAAUUAUAAUAAAUGGGAAACUUGCGCAGCUCUAUCCGAUGCACAUUAUAAAGUGAACAAACUUAAUUUGGCAUUAGAAAAUUUAACAAAAUGUGUUGAACAUCAAUCAAAAACAGCUUAUACAUUAAUCGGACAUCCAUCAGUUAUGGCUACUUAUCGAGCUAUUGAAGAUAUUGAUAUGAAAAAUAAAACUUAUGCUAAAGCAUCAAUUUUUACACUUAAACUUCUUGAUGCUCAAUUGGAAAGAAAACAACUUGGUCAUACAUCAUCACUCACUAGUUCUUAUCAAAAACUUGACGACGUUGUAUUAGAUGAUUCGAUUUUAGAAGAAGCAUUAGAAUUAUGUUUUAAAUUGCUUGAUGAUGCAUUAGAAACUAAAUUACUUCAAGAUAUUUUAAUAGCUUCUAUUUAUAAAACAAACGUUCUUUAA